GACGAGAUCGAUAAUCCGACCUGAUCCUCUUCCGUUUUCGGUUUCCGAAGUUGACGAAAAUGAUCCAGAGUUUCUCCGUCGGUUCUGAAACACGUCGGUCCGAUGACUUUCCGCAUUGAAAUGAAUGGAAACCGAUCUUCGUCCUGAAGCAAUGCGGAACGCAUGAAAAAUUUUCACUUUUCAGAUGGAUACCAGGCGUGGUUUAGAUCUUGAAAACGAACACAAAAAUAACGGACUGUGCCCUUGGAGUUCAGCACUUUCCUGCCCAGCUUCAUGCAAUUGUUCUGCUUUUUUCCUGAAUGCGAGUCUGUCUAUCCCCUACUUAAAAAUAUGCUGCGACCGAUUUUGGUUUUUGAUUUUGAAGUGGAACAUUGAGUAUGCUCCUGAGAAGUGCUUUCCGGCGCAAUUGGUUUGGCCACGAAAGAACAGGAAUUCUUGGGCGCCGGACUUCGUCAUUUCCUCAUCGACUACAACAAAGAGAACGCGCCUGCAUAAGCCGGCCUCCUGCGGUACUACCAGCUCCAACAUCAGUGGCGUCACUCCAUGAUCGUGUAACUUCUCACUGCCACCACAUACACUUUUUGUCGACAUCCCGUAAGAGCCCCCCUGAUACCACCCGUACCCUCGCGGAGCACGUGUCGGAAAUAGACAGAAAGGAAAUGGGCAGCCCUGAAGGGUACAACCACGAUCAUAAUGCGCAGGAGUCUUUCGCGUCUUUUAAAGAGAUCGCGAAUCGGCGCCGGCACCAGAAGCACUUCGACCCGGAGAAAAAGGUGCCCGAGGCGUUGUUGGUCGACAUCCUGCGGACGGCUCAGCGGGCGCCUAGCAGCUUCAACACGCAGCCGUACAAGGUGAUUCUCGUCCGCGAUGCAGCCUUGAAAGAGGCGGUUGCGGCGCGCGCCAUGUCCAACGAAAAGAAUGCAGACGUUGUGCGCAAGGCGGACACCACGGCCGUUUUCCUGGCCGACUGCGAGAUGAUGGACGAGGUUCCGCGGGUGCAACAGCUGUUCUGCGACACGACGAAUGCCCCCGAGGAUUACAUAAGAGACGCCCUGCCGAGGGCGAUCGGCGGCCUUUCCGUUGGGUACGCAGGCGGGUGGUUGAAAAAAACGAUCAUGUACACGAUUCACAGCUGGGUCAUGUGGGGCAUGCGCACGUUCGGGGGAACAAACAUUGACUUUUGUCCCGUGCCGGGCUGGGCGUACCGCCAGACGGGGUUCCUGGCGGACCACUUCGUACUCGCGGCCACGUCGGCAGGGCUAGAGACGGCCGUCAUGGAGGGGUUCAGCGGAAUAAAGGCGAUGGAGAUCCUCGGCGUGCCGGCGGAUAAGCGGACGAAGUACAGCUGCUUCUGCAUGGUCUCCGUGGGAUACCCAGAUAACACAGAACCAAAGAGCAGAGGGUACACGAAAUCAGCAAGGUUUCCAUUUGAAGAAGUGUUUUCCCUAGACGGAUUUGAGAAGCCUUUCGCUAGUAGUACCGCGGACGGAAAAAAAAACAAGUGAGCACGGGUCUGAAGUUGUCUGCCAGAUGAAGAACUCAUAU